GUCCAUUCCCCCGGAAUCGGUGACAGCGGACAGAGUGCAGCCUGCGGCUCCAGCUGGACACAGGACUCCCGCCCCCGGGAUAGGCCCGAGACUCCCCGCGCUCUCCAUUGUAAGAGGCUGGUGGCAUCAUCAUGUCAAAAAGACCAUCUUAUGCACCACCCCCUGCUCCUGCUCCCACCACUCAAAUGCCCAGCACCCCAGGGUUUGUGGGAUACAAUCCAUACAGUCAUCUGGCCUACAACAACUACAGGCUGGGAGGGAACCCAGGCACCAACAGCCGGGUCACGGAUUCUUGUGGCCCUACGGCCCCAUUCCACAAUGGAACUCCACGUGCUUCCAGUAUAAUCGGCAGGGAGAAGACAUCCUCAGGCAUCACUAUUCCAAAGCCCCCAAAGCCUCCAGACAAGCCUCUGAUGCCCUAUAUGCGCUACAGCAGAAAGGUAUGGGACCAGGUUAAGGCCUCCAAUCCUGAUCUGAAGCUGUGGGAAAUAGGGAAAAUCAUCGGUGGAAUGUGGCGGGAUCUCACAGAUGAGGAAAAGCAGGAAUAUCUGAAUGACUAUGAAGCAGAAAAGGUUGAAUAUAAUGAAGCCAUGAAAGCAUAUCACAAUUCUCCUGCCUAUCUCGCUUACAUUAAUGCAAAAAGUCGAGCUGAGGCAGCACUUGAGGAAGAGAGUCGCCAACGGCAAUCACGGAUGGAGAAAGGAGAACCUUACAUGAGUAUACAGCCAGCUGAGGAUCCUGAUGAUUACGAUGAUGGCUUUUCAAUGAAGCACAUCUCUGCAGCGCGUUUCCAGAGAAACCACCGUUUGAUUAGUGAGAUUCUGAGUGAGAGUGUAGUCCCAGAUGUCCGAUCUGUGGUGACAACAGCACGAAUGCAGGUUUUAAAAAGACAGGUGCAGUCACUGAUGGUUCAUCAGCGGAAGUUGGAAGCUGAGCUCCUUCAGAUCGAGGAACGCCACCAAGACAAGAAACGGAAAUUCCUGGAAACUACAGAGUUAUUUAAUAAUGAACUAAAGCGGUUGUGCAAUUUGAAGGUGGAGGUUGACAUGGAAAAAAUUGCAGCUGAAAUUGCUCAGGCUGAAGAGCAAGCCCGCAAACGUCAGGAAGAAAGGGAAAAGGAGGCUGACCAUGUCGAACCACCCCAGAGUAAUAUACCUGAGGAACCUCCUAGCAGCAUUGAGGCUGACGAAUCCAAAGUGGAGGAGACCCCCAUGGACACAGAUGAGCCACGUAAUGAUGAAACACCAGAAACCCAACAGAGUAGUGAGGAGAGCACAGCAACUCCAGAAGACAAAGAAGGAUGUCAAGACAUGACAGACAGCAGCGUGGAGCAAGGAGCGAGUGAGAGCACCUCUGGUACAGAGAGUAAUAGUGCCAUGGCAGAGGAAACCAUGCCAGAGCCUACACCUGAGAGUGAAGACAAGAAAGAAUGAAUUCAACAAAUACAAAAACUUUCCAUUCCAGUUAGUUGUACUACUUGAUUAGUAUCGUACUUGUUUUUUAUUCUACCUGUUUAUAUAAGUUAGAAGGAUUUUCUUUUUACACAUUUGUAGAGGUGCCAGCGUAAUGGACUCUUUUAGCCCAACCUACAGCCCCAUGGCCAGUUUGAGAUUCACUGCUACGAAGUUGAAAUUAUGAAGGGGUGGAAGUAAAGGUACAGAAAUUUAAAAGUGCUGUAUGCUGUACUUAAUCCAGCCUGCUCUUGGUCCCUCUUAAGGGAUAUUUAUUUUUAUUCAUUAAAUAAAUAUGACUUAAUGCCUGAGUUGCAAGGUCAAAGUGCAGCGGUCCAUUUCAAUAUAUGUACAUCUUUAUCUCUCACUUUCUGUAUAUUUAAUUUCCAUGGAUUUAGAUUGAUGUAUUGAAGAACUGUGAACGUGCUUUCUGAAAACUGAAAAAGUUAGUGUUUCUGGUGAAGCUGGCUCCUAAACCCACUCUUUACAAAUGCUUUGUGAACCAUAGAAAAGUUUCCCACAAUCACUGGUGUUUUGUCACCUUGAAUUUAGUUGGUGUCUAUCUUCCUGGAAUUGCUUCUGUGGCAAUUGAGAAGACUCGUUGUCCCAGAGAUUACUGUAAGUUCACUUGUUGCAUUUAUUUCAUUAUUACCCAUUUUUAUUACAGUUUCUAAAUUGAAAAAAGUCAUCAUACAAUGCCCUAUAAUAAAGUAGUCACAGAGGUGAUCGAACUGCAGAAUCCCAUCUCCCUGGUAAAUCGACAAAAGAAUUUAACAAGACCACAAAUAUCUAGUCAAAUCCACAGUGCUGGCAAGCCCUAGUUUGGUGCUAAGUGUUUUGUGAAGAGGAUCAUUCAUUUAGUGAUCAGAUGAAUUGAAUUGUAGUUGAGAUUGUGUUGUGCUUCAGGAAGGUGGGAUGUGCCAGCAAGGAUAACAUCACAUGUGGCGUCCCAGUGUGAUUGGCACCACUGUUUGUGUCUUCUGUAGUAUGCUGAGUUUCCUAUUUUUAAAAGAUUUCCCUGCCACAAUAAAGGAAAAAGUUAAUCUAA